GCGGGUAAUGGCUACGCGCGCGCUGCCGCAGGUGCGGGCCGCCCACGCAGCCGUCGCUGGACCGCGCCACGCAGCAGUCCUGCCACGCCGACCCCGACCUCAAGCAGAGCGCCUUCCGCGUCGGCGACGACUGCGUCUUCGAAAGGUGCUCGGAGUGCGGCGUGCUGAAGGAGGAGUACAGCGACGAGGAGCUGGGCCUGUGCAUCAUCAUCCUGGGCACCUUCAUCCACCGCGAGCCCGCGCUCGCCGCGCCGCUGCUGCCGGAGAUCCUCAGCACCGUCGCGGGGCUGGCGCUGAACGCGAGCUACCCGUGGCAGAGCGAGGCCAACAUCUACCUGCCCGGCGGCGCCACCAGCGUGGCGCACCAGUUCCUCCGCUGCGUGCUGCACCAGCUGGCGCCCAACGGCUUCUUCCGCAGCGUGGCGCAGGCGCUGCUCGACUUCAACGAGCUGAACCCGAUCGCGCCGCUGCAGCUGCUGCUGGAGAGCCUGAACGCGCGCAAGGCGCUGCCGGCGGCCGCGCUGCCGCACGUGCUGCGCAACGCCGCCUGCUACCUCGACUGCCUGCCGCUGGAGGCCGGCCUGGGGCCCGGCCCGGCCACGUGGCUGGCCCUGCUGCAGCAGCUCGACGUCUUUUUCCGGCGCGUGCUGCUGCUGCUGCCGGCCUUCGACGACCUCAACCCGCUGCUGCGCGUCAUGGUGGCCGUGCUCAAGGUGCCCGGCGUCUCCGCGUGCAAGGGAAUUUUGGACCCCAUCUCCAAAAUAAUGUGCUACGCCAUCGAAAACCAUAUAUUAAAAUCCAACUAUAUUACUGAUUUGUGCUACCUCUGCAACAGAGGAUUCACUCGAGAACGCGAGAAGCUGAUCCUGACGCGGACGGUGGUGUUCGAGCUGGUGCAAGUUCUCAAGUUCAAGACCACCAUCCCGGACUCCAACUUCAUCCUGCUGGUGGUGAUGGUGCUGCAGGACGCGGGCGGCGCGCUGCCGGCCAACCUGCUGCUGCACGACACGUGCGCGGCCGACUGCAUGCGCCCGCACCUGGGCGACGUGCUGGAGUUCCUCACCGACUUCCACACGCUCAGCAAGAUCAAGAGUUACAGCAAGGGGCUGGCGGCCGGGCUGAACGAGGACACGCUGGGCGGCGUGCUCAAGAGCGGCGUGGCGCAGUACGUGGCGCUGGAGCUGAGCCGCGGCAACUCGCGAGACAGCCGCUCGGUGGCGCGCUACCUGCCCUGGCUCUACGUCGCGCCCUCCACCGUCGCCCAGGG